GACUGGAAGGCUAUUGUCAUAACUGCAGCUGGCUAUAUAAAGACUUUACAUCAGCUACAGGUAGUCAUACCUCCAGCCUCUCAUCACACACUGAGAAAGAAGACCCAGUGUUCAGUCAAGAUGAAGUUGUUGCUGGUGGUUGCUGCUGUUCUGGCCGUGUCCAGCUGUGCCAGCGUCUCUCUGGAAGAUCUGGAGUUUCAUGCCUGGAAGCUCAAGUUUGGAAGGUCCUACCACUCUCCAGCGGAGGAGGCUCACCGCAGGCAAAUAUGGCUCAACAACCGCAAACUGGUGCUGGUGCACAACAUGCUGGCAGAUGAGGGCAUCAAAUCCUACCGCCUUGGCAUGACCUACUUUGCUGACAUGGAAAACGAGGAGUACAAACAGCAGAUUUCGAUGGGCUGCCUGAAUUCUUUCAAUGCUUCUCAGCCCCGUCGUGGCUCUGCCUUCUUCCGCCUGGCUGAAGUCGCCGAUCUGCCCAACUCUGUUGACUGGAGGGACAAGGGAUACGUCACCGGUGUCAAGGAUCAGAAGGAGUGCGGCUCAUGCUGGGCCUUCAGCACUACUGGCUCGUUGGAGGGUCAGACCUUCAAGAAGACAGGAAAGCUGGUGUCUCUGAGUGAGCAGCAGUUGGUCGACUGCUCUAAAAAGUAUGGCAACAUGGGCUGCGGUGGUGGCCUGAUGGACCAAGCUUUCCAGUACAUCCAAGCCAAUGGAGGGAUAGACACAGAGGAGUCCUACCCUUACGAGGCUCAGGAUGGACCAUGCCGCUACAACCCUGCUACCUCCGCUGCUCAGUGCACAGGCUAUGUUGAUGUGACACAAGGUGAUGAAGAUGCUCUGAAGGAGGCCGUUGCCACCAUUGGACCCAUAUCUGUCGCCAUCGAUGCAUCUCAUUCGUCCUUCCAGCUCUACGAAUCAGGUGUGUAUGACGAGCCCGAAUGCAGCAGCUCCGAGCUGGACCACGGUGUACUGGCUGUGGGUUAUGGCAGCGACAACGGAAAUGACUACUGGCUGGUCAAGAACAGCUGGGGUGUUGGAUGGGGAGAUAAGGGAUACAUCAAGAUGACCAGGAACAAGUCCAACCAGUGUGGUAUUGCUACAGCAGCUAGUUACCCCCUGGUCUGAACAGGUCCAAGACUUACCUCAGUGACAAUGAGCACAGUAACACAUAAUUUUCUUAAUAUAUUUUCUUAAUUAAAGAAAUAACAACUAACAACUGUGACAUGCACACGCUAUGUUUUUUCUUGGAAGUUGUUUACUUGACAUAGAAAAACCUUUGUAUGAUUGUAAAUAAAUGUGAAGAAAUAAAAAUUAUAUGAAUUUA